AUGGAUACUCAAAUACUCUAUGUGGCCUACGUCAGACCGCUCCUGGAAUACGCCAAACAAGUUGUCUACUCAGGACGCACGAAAGACGUCCCCCUCAUUGAGCUUGCCCAGCGAGCCGUCACGAGAAUGGUUGCCGGCCUCAAAUCCAUGGACUACGAAACGCGUCUCGCGAUGCUUGAUCUCUUUCACCUGGAGUACCGUCGCCUCCGAAAGGACCUAAUUCUUACUCAUGCCCUGUUUGAACAAAGCUUGGCAAACAGGUUUUUUACCGUUGACGCAGCAAACACGCGGCGGGACAUACACUUUGAUAACCUAUUCCACUUAUGCGAAGUUCCCUUGUACAAGACCAACCAAGAGAAGGCGACCGUUGACAAACGGGCAAAUCUAGCUGCGCCAAAGCUCAAUAUCUACAAGCGAUGGCCUGCCAUCGGCGGUCGGGUAUAUGUUUUCGACCCGAAUGGCCGUAUAGGGACACAGAAAACUGCUUUUAUGUGCUCGGGUACCGGCCUACUAGUAGCAGUGGCCACUGGUGUGCAACGGAUCGGGUAG